AUGGGUAGCAUUUCACAAGAUACCGGGCUUAAUGAGCACGCAUCGUACGACUUCAACGCCACCAUCAACAACAGCCAUGUAAAUGAACCGGCUGAGCCCAUUGCCGUAGUUGGCAUGGCCAUGCGACUCCCCGGCCAAGUCCGCAGUGACGAAGAGUUCUGGAAGCUGCUCGUUGACAAACGAAGCGCCCUCUGUGACGUGCCAGAUGAUCGCUUCAAUGUAGCGGCAUUCUCUGAUCCCACUGGUAGCAAGUCUGGGACGUUUAAGCCCUCCAAGGCAUACUUUCUUCAAGAUGUCGAUAUCAAGCAAUUCGACACGUCGGUGUUCCCCCUUUCCAGGACUGAGCUGGAGAGGCUGGACCCCAACCAGAGGCAACUGCUAGAAGUUGCCUAUGAGUGUAUGGAAAACUCCGGAGCCACCUCAUGGCGAGGCAGUAAGAUUGGCUGCUAUGUUGGUGUCUUUGGUGAAGAUUGGGAGGACCUUAAUGCAAAGGAGACGCAACACAGAGGAGGAUACCGCGUCACAGGUUAUUCGGACUUUGUGGUUGGUAACCGUAUCUCGUAUGAAUUCGAUCUACGUGGUCCUAGCAUGACCAUUAAAACUGCUUGCUCUUCGUCUCUGGUUGGCUUGGAUAUGGCAUGCCAAGCCAUUCGAAAAGGAGACUGCGAUGGCGCUUUAAUUUGUGGCGUGUCACUCAUUUUCUCGCCCACCAUGUACAUAGCCCUCAGUGAUCAGGGCGUUCUUUCUCCAGGCGGCGUUUGCAAAACUUUUGAUUCAGCUGCUGAUGGCUACGGCCGUGGUGAGGCCGUUAAUGCGGUUUACAUCAAGAAGCUUAGCCAGGCGUUGAAGGAUGGCGAUGAGAUUCGCGCAGUUAUCCGCGGAACCAGCGUCAACACCGAUGGCAGAACCAACGGUAUGCUGACGCCUAGUCCUGUUGUUCAAGAAGCUUUGAUCCGCCAGGCAUACCGGCAGGCCGGUAUUGAGGAUCUGUCAGCGACUGCUUUCUUCGAGUGCCACGGAACUGGCACUCCAGUUGGUGACCCAAUCGAAACAACCGCUGUUGCGAACUGUUUCGGUGAGAAGGGAAUUCACAUUACAUCGGUUAAACCCAAUGUUGGCCACUCGGAGGGUGCGGCAGGCAUCACGAGUUUGAUCAAGGCUAUCCUGGCUAUUGAGCAUCGCCAGGUGCCGCCCAAUAUCCAUUUUAAUAACCCCAAUCCUAAUAUUCCAUUCAAAGAGGCCAAGCUCAAGGUGCCAGUUGAUGUUGAAACCUGGCCGCAAGGCCGCGCCGAGCGUGUCAGUGUAAACUCGUUUGGUAUUGGCGGUGUCAACGCCCACGUUGUUGUCGAGUCUCUGGAAGAGUAUGGAAAAUACAACACUCAGUACAGAAACGCCAAACGCGUUGCCGGUGUUGCCCCCGAAAUCGAUGCUCAAACUGGCGAUGUCCAGCAGCUGCUCUUGUUAUCAUCAAAUAGCGAGGCCGCACUUAAGCAGACUAUUGAAGCCCACAAGACCUUUGCCGAAACCACAACCUCUUCGCUGAAAGAUGUGGCAUACACCCUUGCAAACCGCCGCGAGCACAAGAGCCAUCGCGCUUUUGCGAUUGCAGGCAAGUUCAACGACCAAACCUCGUUUGAGGUGUUUGGCCCGGAAUCUACAGAAGCUGCACCACGAGUGGCUUGGAUCUUCACUGGUCAGGGUGCCCAGUGGCCAGAAAUGGGCGCUGAACUGAUUGACUCGAAUCCAAUCUUCAGAAAGUCCAUCAGGAGCCUCGACGCCUUCUUGGCUGGCCUGCCGACACCCCCUAGCUGGACAAUUGAAGAUGAGCUGCGCAAAGUCGCUGGAGACAGUCGCGUUUUGAGGGCAGAGUUUGGUCAUCCUCUGUCUAUUGCUGUGCAAAUCGGUCUUGUUGAUAUCCUCCGCGCCUAUGGUGUCAAGCCAGACUGGGUUCUAGGCCAUUCUUCUGGUGAGAUGGCAGCCGCAUAUGCCAGCGGUGCCAUAUCAGCAACGGCUGCUAUGGCUGCUGCUACCUUCAGAGGCAGCACUUCGACUGAUGAGCAGCCCGGUGGUAGACCGCGAGGCGCCAUGGCAGCAAUUGGUCUUGGUGCUCGCGAAGUAGAGCCUUACAUGGAGCCUGGCGUUGUGGUUGCUUGUGAAAACAGCCACUGCAGCGUUACCUUGUCUGGAGACACUGACCAAGUUGCAAAGGUUGUAGAGAAUGUCAAGGCAAACUGCCCUACUGUUCUCGCGCGCUUUCUCAAGGUUGAGAAGGCAUUCCACUCGCCUCACAUGAAGGAGUAUGGUCCUUCAUACGAGCAGCAUUUGAAGCCAUUCAUUCAGAGCUUGGAUCCUACUACGCCCUUUUAUUCCUCUGUGACUGGUAAGAGACUCACUGGAGCUGGAUCUCUCGAUGCGCACUACUGGCGAUCCAACAUGGAACGCCCUGUGCUCUUCAACACAGCUUUGAGAUCCGCUCUAAACGACCAUGGCGAUGAGCGUUUUGUCCUGAUUGAAAUUGGACCUCACCCUGCGCUCAAGGGCCCCCUGGGUCAGAUUCUAAGAGACAUCAACCGCAAUGAAAUCACGCAGGUUGCCACUCUUCAGAGAAACAAGAUUUGCAGCAGCAGCAUCCUGGAGACGGUUGGCAAGCUCUUCCAGCAAAACGUCAGCCUCAACUUCUCUACCAUCUUCCCCGCUGGCAAGAUUGUGCGAAACCUUCCGCGAUACAGCUGGAAGCGCGACGUCUCUUACUGGGCCGAGCCGCGUGUGGCAAAGGAGUACAGAUUCCGAGAAUUUGCUCCUCACGAUUUGCUCGGCACACGAGUUGCUGAGGUGUCCAACGAAAACUGCUGGCGCAACAAGCUCUCUUUGGAAGAUGCUCCCUGGCUGCAAGGCCACGAGAUUGACGGCGAAAUUGUCUUCCCCGGUGCUGGAUACAUUUGCAUGAUUGGCGAGGCGAUCCGCCAGAUUUCUGGCGAUGUAGCCUUCAGUCUCAAGAAUGUGUCCAUCACUGCUGGCCUCAUUCUUGAGCACGGAAAGCUGCCUGAGGUUGUAACAAGACUUACUCCCCACAACGUAGAGUCUGAUGAAACCUCAGUCUACUCGUUCCAGAUUUCCUCCUACAACGGCGCCAGGUGGAUCAAGCACUGUUCUGGUGAGGUUUGGGGCGGCGUUGACAACUCCGUUGUGCUGGAGACUGAGAAGCCGCAGACUCUACCCCGUGCAGUUGAUGCGAGCGAGUGGUACGGUGUCCUGAACCGCAUCGGCUUCAACUACCAGGGCGCCUUCCGAGGCAUGCGUGACAUCUCGUCUGAGACCGUCAAGAACGUAGCUGUGGCUGCUGUUCCCACGGAUAAGAACGAUCUCACCAAGUACGCAAUCCACCCCGGUAUCAUUGAUCAGUGUUUCCAAUUGUUCACUGUCGCUGCGUACCGCGGCCUUGGAAGAAACUGCAUCAAUGUGGCUGUUCCUACUUUCAUUGAGGAGAUAGUUGUGCGUCCUGCUUCCAAGGAUCUUGACGUGCAAGCCAGCAUCCACACACUCGAGCGAGGAUCUUUUGUGGGUGACUUGGUUGCACAGGCUGACGGGCAGCUCCUCUUGUCUCUCAAGGGCUUCAAGGCAUCUGCUAUGACAAGUGCGGCAUCAGACGACGAGGCCCUUCCGCUUAUCACUCAGUUCGAGUGGCGUCCACAUGCCGACUUCAUCAAGAUGAAGGACUACAUGCAGCCUCGAACAUUCAUUCCCAACGAGUGGCCAAUGCUGGAGGAACUCAUGCUUCUUAGCAUUCUUGAUCACCAGGAGAACAUUAAGCUGGCGGACGAUGCCGCCCCUCAUCUAGUCAAGUUCUUCAAGUGGCAGCAGGACUAUAUUGCCACCUACCACGCUGGCAAGAACCCUUUCAUUGCCAAGGAGAUGCGACUUGAGGAUCUCAGCAGGGAGCAAAAGGUUGCGCGAAUUGAUGCCCUCACAAAGGACCUCCUUCCCUCUCACUACGACGGAUUUGCCAUUGGUAUCCACCGCUUGUUCAAGGAAGCAGAGAAGCUCUUCUCUGGCGAGACUCACGCCCUGCACGUCCUCAUGCCAGAUGAUGUCCUAACUCGUCUGUAUGCUAACGGUGACGAGCUUCUCUACGGCGAUGCAAUCCGAGCCCUUGGCCACACUAACCCUCGCCUGCGAGUCCUGGAAGUCGGUGCUGGUACUGGAGGAACUACAUCAAAGGUCUUGGAUGCUCUGACGACUUCGACUGGUCAGCGACUUUACAGCACUUAUACCUAUACCGAUAUCUCUGCUGGUUUCUUCUCUGCUGCCAAGGAGCGUUUUGGUGCCUUUGAGGGAAUCGAGUAUAAGACCUUUGACGUUACUAAGGAUCCUACUGAGCAGCAGCUACAGAAGGGCUCUUAUGAUCUCGUCAUUGGAUACAACGUUGUCCACGCUACUCCCAAUUUGCAGGUUUCUCUUGGACAUCUUCGAGAGUUGCUUCGCCCUAGUGGCCGAAUCUUCCUCCAAGAACUCUGCCCAGAUGCCAAAUACAUCAACUACAUCAUGGGUUACCUCUCCGGUUGGUGGCUUGGUGACGAGGAUGACCGUGUUGAUGAGCCUUACAUCUCUCCCGCCCGUUGGGAGAAGGAGCUCAUCGCUGCCGGCUUCAAGAACCCAGAGCAUGUUCUCGACGGCAUCGCCCCAUACCACCAGAGCGCCGGUAUCAUGGCCAGUGUCGACAUCAAGUCUAAAUCACUGACCAAGGUCUCAGUGCUUGCCCAUGAUGCUAAUGGACCGUAUGUUCAAGAUGUGAAGAGCGCUCUUGAGCUGCAAGGCCUCGGUGUCGACGUCUUUACCUUUGGCCAAGAGCUGCCUGCCCAGGAUGUCAUCUCCCUUCUCGAUCUCCAAGCAGAUACCGUUCACGAAUUCACAGAGGAGUCAUUCAAGACAAUGAUCAGCCAUCUGCAAGAUUUAAACGCCAAGAUGGUGUGGGUUCUUGGCUCGGCCCAGGUCAAGUGCAGAGAUCCCAAGGCCGCAAUGUCCAUUGGUCUUGCUCGAACGGCUCGCAACGAAUUGUCAGCCAAACUCUUCACUCUCGAAGUGGAGCCAGCUGCGGCUGUUCAAGACGUCACAAAGGCCAUUUCAGACAUCCUUGUCCGAAUCCAGCACCCCGAGUUGGAUCCCGAGGACAUGGAUCCCGACUGGGAGUUUGCUCUGGUCGACGGCAAGGUUUUGGUGCCUCGAUUGCACUGGCAGACCAUGUCGGAGGCCUUUGACAACACAGUAGUAGCUGCAAACGUGUCUUCUUCCAAGUUCCUCACCGUCAAGACUCCAGGUCUGCUUCACACUAUCGGAUGGUCUGAAGAGACGAAGAAGCCACUUGCCGAGGGCGAGGUCCGCGUCAAGACCAAGGCAGUUGGACUCAACUUCAGAGACGUUCUUAUUGCUCUCGGAGUUCUUGACAACAGCACCCGCGAAGUUGGUCUUGAAGGCUGCGGUAUUGUUUCCGAAGUCGGCCCCGGGGUGUCAAAGGUUGCCGUUGGCGAUCGUGUAAUUUACAUGUCCAGCGGAUGCUUUACUACUGAGAUUACUCUAUCGCAGGUGCUCUGCGUCAAGAUUGACGAUGCUCUUACCUUUGAGCAAGGUGCCGGAUUGCCCUGUGUCUAUGCUACAGCCGCCAUGGCACUGGACGACAAGGCGAACCUCAAGAAGGGCCAGAGCAUCCUCAUUCACUCCGCCUGCGGUGGUGUUGGCCUGGCGGCUAUUCAAAUUGCUCAGAUGCUGGGCGCAGAGGUUUACUGCACGGUCAGUAGCGAGGAGAAGAUCAACUACCUGACAAACAACUUCAACAUCCCUCGCUCCAACAUCUUCAACUCCCGCGAUUCCUCAUUCCUCCACAAUGUCAUGCGCGCAACCAACGGCCGCGGUGUUGAUGUCGUCUUGAACUCUCUCUCUGGUGAUCUCCUCCACGCUUCCUGGAAGUGUGUUGCUGAGUUUGGCACCAUGAUCGAGAUUGGCAAGCGUGAUUUCCGCCGCCGAGCCAAGUUGGCCAUGGAGGCCUUUGAGCAGAACCGCACCUUUGUUGGUCUGGAUCUCUGGCAGGUCUCACAGCAACGCCCUGAGCAAGCUGCGGAAUUAUUGGAGCGUUGUGUUGGCUGGAUCCGUGAUGGAAAGAUCAACGCUGGCGCCAUUGCUAGGGCAUUCAGCGCUGACCAAGUGCAGGAUGCCUUCCGGUUCAUGCAAGGAGGCCGCCACAUUGGCAUCAAGACCCGUCCUCUGCCCAACCUGAGGUCUGACCGUAGUUACAUCCUGGUCGGCGGUCUCGGCGGUCUCGGUCGGUCUUUGGCAACCUGGAUGGCGGAGAAUGGGGCAGGAGAGCUCAUCUUCCUCUCUCGAUCCGCACAACCAGGUCCUAAGCUGGACGGCUAUGUUACCGAGCUCGCUUCUCAGGGUUGCUCUGUGCAGCUUGUAGCCGGUAGCGUCAGCGAUAUGGCUGAUGUGCAGCGAACUGUCCAAUCGGCAACGAAGCCCAUCGCUGGUGUUAUCAACUUGUCCAUGGUGCUGAGGGAUAUCACUCUGCAGGACAUGUCCUUCCAGGAUUGGAUGACGGCCGUUGCUCCCAAAGUCCAAGGCACGUGGAACCUUCACAAUGCCAUCUCAUCUUCGCUCGACUUCUUCGUUCUCUGCUCUUCUUACAGUGGAAUUGUUGGACAGUGGGGUCAGGCAAACUAUGCUGCUGCCAACACCUUCUUGGAUGCCUUUGUCCAGUACCGACAUAGCAAGGGCCUUGCCGCAUCAGUCAUCGACAUUGGUGUCAUGGGCGAGGUCGGAUUUGUCUCCAAGAACCGAGAGGUUCUCGACAUGUUCCAGAAGUCUGGUAUGCGCAUUCUGAAGGAGAAGGAUCUGCUGGAUGCAUUCAAUUUGGCCAUUCAGCGGUCAAAGGCCCCUGAGGCGCAGGGUGCCAAUGGCGCUUACGACAUUUCAAGCCAGAUUCUUUUGGGUCUCGUCACUACUAUUCCGGUGGCAUCUCCCAACAGCAGAGUUGUAUGGAAAAAGGACAUCCGCAUGAGCAUCUACCACAACAUCUCUGGAGCUGAUGACUCUUCUUCCAAGGCAGAAACCGAGCAAGACAGUGUGUCCACUCUUUUGUCGGCAGCCGCCAACUCUCCUUCAAUAUUGGAAGAGGAAGAAACAACGUCCAUCAUUGCUCAAGCUAUUGCUUCUUCGCUGGCCAAUUUCCUUAUCAGAGAUGUGGACAGCAUCAAGGCGGAUCUCUCGCCCGAGAAGAACGGCGUUGAUUCGCUGGUGGCCAUGGAGCUGCGAAACUGGAUUCGGCAAAAGUUUAACGUCGAGUCCAGUGUUAUGAUUAUUGUGCAAUCGCCAUCUUUGAAUGGCCUUGCGGAGCAUAUUCGUCUAGGAUUAGUUGAGCGAUUCUCACAGGCGUAA